AAAUAUAAGCUCUAAUUAACCCGGUGUCCUUCUAUCAGUAGCGUGGCGAACUCGAGCAAACAUGGCCCCGAGCGUCAUGGAAAGCCUCCUGAAAUGGCUCUUCGACGCAGUGACUGGGUUGUCAUUCUUGCUCUUUAGGCUUCUGUCGCGCCGGACAACCUUCGGCGGUGGCAAGAAGCUGCCGCCCACCAAGCACCCGCUCCUUAAAGUGUCUGCGACGCAACUCGCUCGAAAGAUCCGACGAAGAGAGGUGUCCAGUGUGGAGGUGGUCCAGGCUUACAUUGACAGGAUCCAGGAAGUCAACCCUCUAAUAAAUGCUGUGGUCAAAGACAGGUUUUCCGCAGCGCUCCAGGAAGCGGCGCAGGUUGACAAGCUGAUCGACGAGGAAGCGGGAGGAGAGGAUGUGCUGGAGCACCGACUGCCCUUCCUCGGUGUGCCUUUCUCAGUCAAAGAGUCUUUCGGCCUUCAGGGCAUGCCUUUCACGACGGGCAUCAUCUCCAGGCGAGGAACUGUGGCUGUCGCCGACGCACCCCCCGUGGCCCUGAUGAAGCGGGCGGGCGCCAUCCCGCUGGGCGUCACCAACACCAGCGAGGGCUGCAUGUGGUCUGAGUCGAACAACCACCUUUAUGGGAUCACAAGCAACCCGUACGACCUGGAGAGGAUACCGGGAGGCAGCUCAGGUGGAGAGGGCAGUUUGCUGGCCGCGGCGGGCGCAGUCAUGGGGAUGGGCUCGGACAUUGGCGGCAGCAUCCGUAUGCCCUGCUUCUUCAAUGGAAUAUUUGGCCACAAGACCACCCCUGGUGUUGUGUCUAAUGACAAUCAGUACCCUCCCUACACGGGCCGACACGCCGAGUACGUCAGCAGUGGGCCCAUGUGCCGAUACGCCGAAGACUUGCUGCCCAUGCUGAGAAUCAUGGCGGGACCGAACGCUCACAUGCUGUCCUUGAGUAAGAGGGUGGAAAUUAAGAAGCUGCGGUUCUUCACCAUCCCUGAUGACGGCGGCUCUAUUCUGACCAGUCCCGUCAGUGAAGAGCUCAAACGGAUCCAGAGGAAGGUGGUGGAGCGUCUGGAAACAGAUCUGGGGGUGACUGUCCAAGAGGUGCACUUCCCAGGGCUUCGAUAUAGCUUCCAGAUCUGGAAUGCCUUUAUGACUCUUCCUGACAAAGAUGGCAAGCCUCCUGAUUCCUUUGCUAAGGUGUUGGGAGAGGCAGACCGGCCUGUGUGGCCUCUAUGGGAGAUCCUGAAACGCAUAAUGGGCAAAUCAGAACACACCGUUCCUGCUAUUGGUUUGACUUUCGUGGAGAAGAUUCAAGCAUCCAAACCAUCCACCUUCAUUAUCCAGACGAAGGAGAAGCUUCAGAAAGAAUUGGAAGAGUUGCUGGGGACUGAUGGAGUGAUUCUUUACCCAUCACACACCAGAGUGGCCCCCAAACAUCACCACCCCCUUUUUCGACCCUUGGACUUUGCCUACACUGGGAUCUUAAAUAUUCUGGGCCUGCCUAUCACCCAGUGUCCUUUGGGGCUGAAUGAGGAGGGUCUCCCGCUGGGUGUGCAGGUGGUGACGGGAAAGCUGCAGGAUCGUCAGUCCCUGGCCGUGGCGCUCUACCUGGAGAAGGCCUUUGGGGGUUGGAGGGAACCCGGGGCCAACUAGAACACCUUCCGUCAGCUUAAUGACGUACUAGGGUUUAAUUUGCUGCUAAAUUCCCUGUAAUAAAGUCACACUUAUUGGUCCUUUUCCAACUGCUUCCAAAGUUUGGAUUUGGAAAUGACCAUAACAGGGUGUGAUGGGCUUAAGAUGAGGUAAUAGUUGGUGCUGCAGCUUUAUAUUUAACACAGAAAGAACAUUUUCAUCUAAUUAUUUAUGGAAUCAAGUCUGCAAGGACAAAAAAAACUUGAACACUGAUUAUUGCAAAGGGCACUGAAGGCAAGAAUUUUUUUAUACCGGCCAUGUGUCGUAUAAAUGUUGAUGCGGUUGACUGUACUGAAGGCAGAUGUUUGUGUCUGUGUUGAUGUCAUGUUGCAACUGUCCAUUGUCACAAAAUAAAAAUUAUAUCUCA